GGGACCGACCAAAACUCAACCUCUUUCUCAGUGCUUGUCAACAUCAUAUAGUAUUCAAAUCUUGUUUCAAGUUUUAUUCACGUAAAGUCCUUAGCCUAACAUUGAUCAAAGAGAAUCUCUCCGUCUUUUUUCUUCUGCUCCAAACAAGCAAUAGCUUUGUCUUCAGGCAAAGCAAGACUUGAGAAGAUGGUUCAGAGAAAGACUUGUCAAGCAAUCAAGUCUUACAAUCUGCAACCUGAAACUAGGUUUGAGCAAGAACAUCUCAAGAGCCUUGGACCAGAGAUGAUGAUGAUGAAGCGAACAAAACCAAAGAGGAAGCUUAAAGACAGUUCUGUUUCUCAACCAGGUAAGACUCAAACACCACCAAGUAAACAUGAUCUUGUUGUUAAAGGGACAGGUAGGUCACCCAACUACAUGAAAGGCACCUCUAGUUCCGAGGCAAGGAUAGAGAACAAGAAAAUAUUCAAUCAGAAGAACCAAACCGGUCUGAAACAUCAUGGAGUUAAGAAAGAGAAAAGUAAUAACAAGCAGCCGAGUUUGAGGAUCGUUAGGGGUUUGACAAAGGCUCCGAGUUUCAAGAGAUGCUCACAGAGAGCUACUUGUUCCUCAACGCUCAAAGAUUCCAAGUUUCCAGAGUAUCUGAUGCUUAAUCAUGUUGGAACUGAUGAUGAAGUUAGUGGAACCUCUGUUUUGAGAGUCUGUCCUUACACGUAUUGUUCACUCAACGGCCAUAUGCAUAAGCAGUAUCCUCCUCUGAAGAGCUUCAUAUCCUCAAGGAGACAGAGUUUGAAGUCUCCAAAGAGUAUGAAAAAGGAAGAUUCAGUGGAGAUGUAUGUAGAGGAGGAGAAAGAGUGUGAGGAUGUAGAUGGAGGAACUUGUGAGGUUGAUGUUGAGACCCAAAUCUCGGAGACUUUCUCUGAAGGAGCACCUCAUUCUGAAACUGAUUCUGAUGAGUACUCUGACACUGCAGAGAUGGUGAAGUUUUCAGAAAUACAAGAACCUGAUAUGAGGGAGACUCUUGUAGCUGAGUUUGUGAAACAAAUCCAAGAGACUUGUGAGGUUGAUGAUGACUCUGAUGGUCCAGUGAUGGUGAGGGUUUCAGAGGGUGAUCAUGGAAUUGAAUUAAGAGAAUCAAGCUUGGAGGAGGCUUUAGUGGAUGAAUCUGUGAAAGAGAUCCAAGAGACUACCUGUGAGGUUGAUGAUGACUCUGAUAGUGCAGAGGUGGUGAGGUCUUUAGAAGGUGAUGAAGACAUCAAGUUAAAAGAAUCUGAAUUGGAGGAGACUUUGGAAGAUGAAUCUGUGAAACAGAUCCAAGAGAAAACAAACAUAGAAGAUGUUGAUCAGUCUGGUUCCUUUAUCUCUAAUGCUAUUGGUAUGAUGAAGUACUCAGAAGCAGAUGAUGCUGAUGAAGAGACAUUGAAGGAUCAUAAAGAUGAGGAUUGCGAAGAGGAGUCUCAAGACCAAAUUGAAGCUGUCCCCAUGUUAGAGAAAACUGCAAAAGUUCCAUUUAGCCGUAAACAAAGGUCAUGCAACCAAGAAGAAGAGUCAGAUGCCACCAUUUCAUGGACUAUCACUUCCAAGAAACUUGCAGCAGAGACAGAGGAUUUGAGGGCAUUCAACCCAAGAGAACCCAAUUUUCUUCCUGUUGUGGUGGAUGCGGAUGCUGAGAAGAUAGACCUCAAGCAUCAGGACAUGGAUGAGAGGAAAAACUCAGAGGACUGGAUGUUUGAUUAUGCUCUGCAGCGUGCGGUUAACAAACUUUCCUCAGCAAGGAAGAGGAAAGUUGCAUUGCUUGUUGAGGCAUUUGAAACCGUGAAACCUGUUGUGCAACAUGGUAAAGAACCUGCCCCGGUAUAUUGAGCUAUAGAAGACAACUUCAAACCUGCAAUUAACAGAGGUCAGAGGAUGGUUGAAGGAGAGCAGGAAUGGCUUUUAGUUAUUUACUUGUAAGUUAAGAACCUAAGAGUAAGGGGACAAACUUUGAUGAUUUAUUACCUUAGCUCUUUGUGUGGUAGUUAUAUGAAUAAUAUGGAUCUCCUUAAUCAGUGAGGAGGACUCAGCGUGUACUUGCUUUGGUACAAUCAUAUAAGUUAUAUGUAACUAUCUGACAAUGUGAUUGAAUUGAAUGCUGUUGUUGUUGAUUGUUAUUAAACAUUGACUGCUUCUUGUCUAACCGAUGAUUUCUAUGGUUCAAAACAAAGAACACAAUAACAAUCAUCCAUAAUCAUAAUAUCAUCAGCAAGAUCACAAGAGGAUGCAAGUCUAAAACGAGAAACCUAGGAGGUUAAGUUUAGCCAAUAUACACUUGAGGAUGUCCAGAAGAGAGCACACUAAAACCAAUAACCUAAAAACACAAACACCAGAAGCUAGCAAAGCACAUAAGACUUGUGGCGGGGACUCAAGCUCUACUUCACUCGUUGGCGAUCUUAUUGACGAGUGACUUGUGGAUGUGGGGAUCACACCUCCUCCAGCAAUAGUUCCUUUGAUGAGAGUGUCAAGCUCCUCAUCUCCUCUGAUGGCAAGCUGCAGAUGUCUCGGAGUGAUUCUC